AUGAUAGAUUCAGGGGCAACUUGUAAUGUUCUUAAUAUUAGUGAUUAUCAGUUGAUUAGCGAUACUGUGGUACUUGAACCAACUAGUGAAGAUUUAUUUACAUAUGGAAAACGUCAAAGAGUUGAUGUAUUGGGUACUGUUAAAACCAAGAUUGACAUGGGGAAUCGAUUUGAAAACAUGGAAUUCGUUGUUGUCAAUACGAAAGACUCGUCAAUUCUGGGAUAUUCUUCCGCAAGUCUGCUUGGUUUUAUUCAAAUUAACCCAUACAAUGAUACGGUUUUCUUUGUUAAUAAGAAUGUCGUUGAACACACUUCAACACCUGCAUAUAAAUCGAAAAUCGAUGAUCUAGCUUUGCUAAAUUGUCCAGAGUCGGUAAAAGCAAUAAUACGCGAUAACGCAAAUGUUUUUACGGGAAUGGGAAAAUAUAAUGUUAAGCAAAUUAAACUUCAUGUUGACCCUACUGUUAAACCAAUUUGUCAAAGUCACAGGCGUGUUCCAUACCAUCUGCGCAAGAAAGUAGAAACAGAACUGAAAUCACUUGAAGAGUCUGACAUACUGGAAAAAGUUGAAGGACCAACACCUUGGGUAAGUCCGAUUGUCAUUGUUCCUAAACCCGGUACUGAUUGUGUACGAAUUUGUGGUGAUUAUAAAGCUCCUAACUUGGCUAUACAGAGAGAACGUCACGCGACUCCCACUGUACAAGAGAUACUUACAAAACUUCAUGGUUCCACCAUUUUUAGUAAAUUAGAUGCGAAUAAACAUUCUCUCCAAUUUGAACUUUAUAAAGAAUCACGUAACAUUGCGACAAUCAGUACACAUGUUGGGCUUAGACGAUACAAACGACUUCCCUUUGGUAUUAAUUCGGCAGCUGAAAUUUGCCAGAAUGAAAUGUCAUUGGCCUUGCAAAAUAUUCCAGGUAUAGAAACUAUUUCAGAUGAUAUCAUUAUUCAUGGCAACGAUCAAAAUUCGCACGACAAAGCGCUACGUAGCUGCCUGUCUCGUUUAUUGGCUUGUGGCUUGACUCUGGGUUUAUCAAAAUGA